UGGACCGGUUUCAUGAUUCAAGAGAAGUAAAAUGGCGGCUAGGGAGGAUGGGCCUUUUAUUGUGGUUUUAAAAGAAAAAUGUCGCAACAUUUAAUACUGUAUUUUAACUACAGUUGCAUAUUUUGUUUUUUUGAAAAAGAAAGGGUAGUUGAAGAUUGUAUUUUUUAACCGACAACGCCUAUACCUGGAUCAAAGACAGACUCCAGCGAAGAGGUAAUCAGGGAGGACAAAGAAAGGAGUAGGACAGGUUUGAGUUGUUACCACGGUGAUAGGGUGACCCCCUGAUGACCUGCCUGUUGGAGCUGCCAUUACUGCGACACCCGAAGAACCUCCACACCUGGUCUCUCUUUUCUGAUCUCCACAGUAUCUCCUGACCGGGGGUUGCUCAUCCAUCCCCGGCAUUCAGCAUUGUAGCAGCCCUCCUCCACCCACAACCACAGGCUCCAGGGAGUACUGGACAGCAUCUUGCCCAAAGCCCAGCUCCCCUCCAGGGCCAUGGACUUAACUCAAACCCCAGGCCUUAAGGGGAGGGCUGCUGUCCCCCCUAUCAGGAUCACAGAGACCGCCAAGAGCCCUCAGCCCUCUCCUCCCUCCACCUCUCCCUCAUCUCCUUCCUCUCCUCCCUCCUCUCCUGCAUCCCCUUCCUCGUCGUCCUCUCCUGGUACUGUGGUGACAAGCUACCACAACAAUGUUUUGGGAGGAGGAACCAACAGCGUGACACCAGGUGACGUGGUUUCCUCCACAUCAGCCUCCCUGGUUCCCCCCUCAUCUCACUCUGUCCCCCCCUCAUCAGCUACCUCUGACCCUUUGGUCCGCCUUGCUUCCUCACACAAUGUGUGCAUUGACGGGCAAAUUGAGGGCGAGACGGAGAUCUAUGACCCAUUUCACCCCACAGACGGUGAAAGGGAGGGAGGAGUGCCUGAUGCAGAUGGGGAUGAGGAGGAAGGGGAGAAAUAUGACCCGUUUGACCCUACUGGCUCUCCACCCUCAGAGAGAGAGGAGGUUGCAGAGCAGGGUGAGGCCAGGCGAGGAAGGGAGAGGGGGAGCAGCGUGAGCAGUCAUGGGAGCGAGGCCAGAGAGGUGGGGAGGACAGAGGAGGGAGGUGAGAUAAAAGACGAGGCACCUCCGGACUCCACUGAUGAGGCGCUCUCGGUUAUGCCACUCUCACCGCGUUCCCUCCCACUUCCCCUCCGGAGGAGGCUGGACCGGACCAAAGAGCCCCGGGUGAAAGGAUGGGAAAGGAAAGAGAAGGCUGACUACUCUGACCACUCGGAAAUUGAGGAGGGGGAGAUUGUGGGGGUCGUCGAGAGGGACGUAGGGAAGAGAGGCUGGGAAGGAGUUCUCCCUGCCGGCAAUCCGUUUCUCCUCCACGGGGGAGCCAAGCCAGAAAGGAUCCUCAGGGUCUUGGAUGGGGACAGCUUUGUGUCGGUGCGGGCUGACAGUGACUGGCCGGGUCCAGUGAUGCCUGGUACAGAAGAUGGGGAGCCCAUGGAUGACGAUGAUGAGGAGGAAGUGGAAGAAGAAGAAGAAGAGGAGGAGGAGGAGGAGGAGGAGGAGGUGUUAGUGGUCGGGGCUGGCGAUCUGAGAAGGAAGCUGGUCAGUCGGCGGCAGGAGCGAUUUCGCACAUCCUGCCCUUCCUCCCUCUCACCUCAGCCACUCCUCCUUCCUUCCGAACCCCACUCCCCACUCCCCCUCCCACUAGCUGCCGAGAAGGACAAGAGCCACAAGUCAUCCAAGAGCUCUAAGGAGAGGGAGCGGCGCAAGCGGAAGGAGGGCAAGGCAUGUGAGAAAGAUGAGAGGAGGCGGAGGAGAAGAAAGGAGAAAGAAGCCGGUGGUGAGAAAACCGGGGAGCGGAAGGAUAGAGAUGGGGAAAGGGAGAGGGGUCGGCGUAGUCAGAAGGAGGUGAAAGCAAAGGCGGAGGAGGACCGGGCGAGGAGCAGCAGGAGCGAUAGUAGGAGGAGGAAGAAGAGGAAAUGGAGCACUCCGGAACCGACCGCACGCCCCCGCUCUCGAAACUCUUCAGUCAGGCAUACGCAUGGGGGGCGCUCCUGGUCAAAUGCUUCAGAGGACCGUCACAGGGACAGAGAGAGAGACAGAGAUAGAGAGAGAGACAGGGAUAAAAAGGGAGACAGAGGUGGUGACAGGGACCGUGAGAGAGACCGGGUGAGAGACAAGGACAGAGAGAGAGACAAAGAUGAAGAGAGAGACAGGGACAGGGAUCGGUACAGAGACAGGGAGCGAGAAAAGGACAGAAGGAAAGACCACACACGGGAAAGAGAGCGAAAUGGAGACACCAGCCGGAGAAAGCGAGAGAGGGAGCGUGAUGAGGUUGGCGAAUCUACCAGCCGAAAUACAGGCAGCUCCAAGAGGUCCAAAGAAAGCAUUGAACGAAGGGACCGAGAGAAGGAAAGCGAGUGUGACCGGGAGAGAGAGAGGGAACGGGAGAGGCGGCGAGACGGCAGACCCGUGGUCCCGCCUUCCAUCCAGGAUCUUAACGGUUCAGACCUAUUCGCUAUCAAGCGCACCAUCACGGUCACCACUACGACCACCACCACACUCCCCGGAUCGCCCCCCACCGCUCUCUCCUCUCCUCGUAGCCCCUCCCAGGCCUCCGACAAACCCCAUAAGAGGAAGAAGAAGAGGCGACGGCGGCACUCGGACGAACAGUUGGAAGGCAGCAUGUGCCGGCGUGCAAGCCGCUCCCUCUCGCCGCCAUCACGCUAUCACGGCUACGAUUCUGACCGUUUCUCAGACAAACAGGAUACAGAUCUGCUCUCUUUGGAUGGGGAGGCCCUGGAUUCAGACUACCCCUCUAUAGACGACUCGCCAGCUUCUCCCCAAGCUCCAGGACCUGCUGCUUCUAGCCCCAAACCCAAGACCACCCCCAAACCUGGACACCAUCACCUCAAGAAAAAAUCCAGAACAGGCAAGAAAGCCUGUCAGUCUGAAACAGUGUCAGCCUCAAAAGCCAAAAGCAAAGGGCUCUCCACGUCUUCACUCUCCCCAUCCCAGGCCACUGCAGGCGCAGCUUCCUCCUUAGCCGCCCUCCCCUCCCUGGCCAAACGAGGGCGGAAAAUGGCCAAAGACAAAGAGCGUGGAGAGAAAAGUGGAAAGAAAGAGUCUGGACGGUCUAGCAGGUCCAAGAAACUGAGCACUGGGGGGGUGAGGAAAGCCAAGCUGCAGUCCAAGGUGUCUGUUCUGGUGCGUGAGGGCGUAAGCAGCACAACUGGGGGACCGGUGGGCUCAGGCAAGCUCGGUAUGGAACUACUCGGGGGGAGUGGGGCGGUAGGAGGCUCCAGUGGGCCAGCAGUGGGGGGAUCCAUUGCAGUGGUCUUCCGUCGGGACAACGAGAGCAGGUCUCCGUUCCUCAAGCCCUGCUCAGAGCCGCUGUCGCUUAGCGGACGCAACAAGGACCUGGGACAUGUAGGCAAGCGUAGCUCGCUGGCAGUGCCCCCUUCAUCCUCGUUAGCCAAUCCUGUGGUGGCUGCGCUGAAGUCCAAGAAGGCCAAGCCCAGUUCCACCACCUCCACUUCGUCUUCGGCAUCGUCACCAUCGCUGUCCCUGGCGACAAAACGUAGGCGGCGGCUGGCGAAAAAGACACGGGGUGAAAAAGUCCUAACGGUCGGGUUGGCAGACGUGGAUGUCACCAAAGCCAACUGUAGCUCAGAUGGCGGUGGCUGGGGUGGGACGUCCUCUGACAUCCAGUCAGGAGUCGGGGUCAGUGCCAAGCCCUCUAGUCCUCCCACGGGUCCUGUGGGUCCUACUCCAUCAUCAUCAUCUUCAUCAUCUUCAUCCUCAUCCACCGGCGUCCUUCCCCCAUCCUCCCCCCCCCCACACACCCCUCCACCCUCCCUGCCCGCCUCACGUGACACUCGCGAGUCUUCACCGGAUUCUCAAACAGUGGACAGCAGUUGUAAGACCCCCGAGCCCCCCUUUGUUCCUGAGGACUGCCCUUCUCAGACCCAGAGCACCCCUAACUUGGCCCCCUCAAGCCCCUCAGCCCUACCUUCCUCCCAGCCGGCCGGCCUCUCUCUGUCGGGCCCCCUUAACAUGAAGCCCCUUCCUUUGGAUGAAGGCCCCAAAUCCCUAGCAUCGCCCCCUUGCUCCUCCUCUUCGUCUGGUUCUGCCCCUGCCUCCCUUCCUCUUUCCUCCACAGAUCCCUCAUCCUCUUCUUCCUCUGUUUCAUCCUCCUCGGCCAACAAGCUGCCCCCGCCACCGCCUCCUCCACCUCCUCCCUCCGCCCCCACUCUCCCCUGGAGUCUUCAGACAGGAGUGGACUGCACGGCUGGAGGAGUUUUGGCAUUGACAGCUCUGUUGUUUAAGAUGGAAGAGGCCAAUAUCGCCAGUAGAGCCAAAGCCCAAGAGUUCAUCCAUGCUACGAGCCAGAUUCUCUCCCAAAGCAGUCAGAACCAGUCAUCUCAGCACAUCGCUCCCUCUUCUUCAUCAUCUUCCUCAUCCUCCCAGGUCCCAAAUUCCUCAGGUCCCACCCCAGCUCAGUUCAUCCUGCAUGGCUCUCUGCCAUUGGUGGGCUGCACCAAAACCCCACCCAGCCACCUGCAUCCUGGCAUGUCUAUGGGUAGUGGCUGUGCACAGACCCCGCCUCCUCCCAUGCCCUCUGGCUUCUCUGGAGGUUCCGGGGGCUCCAGUGACUUGGGCUGGGACAAUGAGAGCAAGGAUCCUGAUAAGUACCUGAAGAAGCUUCACACUCAGGAACGUGCGGUGGAAGAGGUGAAGCUGGCAAUUAAGCCCUACUACCAGCGUAAAGACAUAAACAAGGACGAGUACAAGGACAUCCUGAGGAAAGCUGUGCACAAGAUCUGCCACAGUCGAACUGGAGAGAUCAAUCCGGUCAAAGUGAGCAACUUGGUCAAGCUUUAUGUUCAGAGGUACAAGUACUUCAGGAAGCACGGUCGCAAGAUGGACGAGGAAGAGAGGGAGGACCGAGAGAUGGAUUCCUCCUACUGAACAGAGAAGGGGCUGCUUUCCCCCAUUCCAAUCGGUCCAGUUUCCCAAUGACCCCCUCCCCUGCUCCUUGCACGUGAUUGGGCCUACUGCGGUCGUUGAGUGACAUUUGUUUUACCCCACCCCAAUUUGUUGUCCCGUUGUAAACUCAUGUUUUAUUCCAUUCGUCUGUGUCUUGUUGUACAGAAGUACUGAGUAGGAAAAACACAAUGUACACAUGCAGUGUGUGUAUGUAUGUGUAUAUAUAUAUAUAUGUAUGUGUAUGUAUAUGUACAUGUAUAUGUGUGUGUGUGUG